CUUACAAAGCCACCAACAUGCUCAUCCUUUAUGGUGGACUGGCCUGAACGACCUUGACACGACAUCGACAUGGCAAUGGUCAGACCGAUCUGCUGUUGAUCCGAGGGUGUUUCUAUGGUCACCAGGGAAUCCUAAUAACCAGGGAGCUCGGGAACACUGUGUGCGAUUUGAAAACCUUAAAAUGAACGAUAGACCUUGCAACGAACGAAUCAACUAUAUCUGUGAACGUUCCAUAGGUGUGCCUCUGACGUGUGAUGCUGACCGUGGCUGGCAGUCCUAUCCGCCAUACUGUUACCAUGUACACGGGGACCAACAAACAUGGGCAAACGCAAAAAGACAAUGUAACCGGGAAGGAGGAGAUCUCGUCAAUAUCCUGUCAUCAGGAGACGAAACAACUAUGCAGGGUAUCGCCAGGACAGCAAGACGGCCAUAUUGGAUUGGUCUACAUUCAUUUCAACAAACCGCGAGGGGCCAUGUACAAUGGAUGUGGACCAAUGGAAGUCUUCUUUCUACGACGUCAUACUGGGCCAAUAGCGGUGCCUCGUCUCCUCCUAGCAACCGUAAAAACACUACAUGUUCCUAUAUAAGUAAUUCUAUCACCAAUAAUAAACCAUGGAUGUCCACCUCCUGCACCUCCCGGAAAUACUACGCAUGUCGGAAACCGGAAGGUGUUUGUCAACAAGGCUGGGUCGCCCAUCAGACAAAAUGUUAUCAGAUCAACAUCCGAUUCAAGUAUUCGUGGUCACGGGCGAAAUCCUAUUGUGACUCACAGCGCGCUAGACUCGUAGAAAUCACAAGGGCUUCAGACACGACGUUUGUGAACUCGUACCUCAGUAAACUACGGCAGGCUGGUAUAGAUAGUUUCUGGAUCGGGGCCUCAGAUCUAAAUACGACAACAUUCCAAUGGAGCCACCGUGGGCAUAUCUCCUACCAGAACUGGCAACACAAUCCACCACCUAACACUCGGAACCAUCUGGAUUGUUCAUAUGUCGCCACAUCUGACCGCCGGGGUAAAUGGCGCACUACCAGUAACUGUGGUGUUGUGAAGAAGGCGUUUAUGUGUAGUAUAGGUAUGAACCAGGCAGUCCAUCACGUCAACCCACCAAGAGCCCAGUACACGUGUGACCGAAACUGGAUUGUUUACGGAGCAAACUGCUACAGCUUUAAUGACCACAGACGGGAUUGGAUUGGGGCUGGCCAGGACUGUCAGAAACAAGGCUCUAGUCUUGUAAAGAUUCCCGACAUCCAUGUUCAGGGCUUCAUUGUCGCUCACACGCACAACCAGGAAUACUGGACUGGUUUAAAUGAUCAAAACACGGAGAGACAUUUCGUUUGGGUUUCUGACAAAUCUCCGGCACAUUUCUUCAAGUGGAAUCCCCAUGAACCUAACAAUCUGGGCGAUGAAAACUGUGUAGAGACGAGAGGGAACGGCUGGAACGACAAAUCAUGUAACACUGCCCUCAAAUAUAUCUGCAUGAAGCCUGCACGAAAUGCGGGACUGCCUUCAGGACCCCCAUCUACAACUGCACUGCCUUACAGUAUCAAGUGCGGUCUGUUAUGGGAAGAGGAUCCUAACUCUAACAACUGCUAUCAGUUCCAAGACCAACAGUUAGACUGGAACGAUGCAAGAACGACAUGCAGACAUCAGGGUGGAGACCUACUGAGUAUUCAGUCCAGAGAGGAACAGUUUUACAUCGCUGGCCGUAUUCAGACAAUGUCGUCUAUAGCGAUGUGGAUAGGUGCGAAUGACCGAGGGUCAGAAGGCGGUUGGACAUGGACUGACCGUUCACCGUUUGCAUACUUAAACUGGCAAUCAGGCGAGCCUAACGAUCUGCACCAUAACGAAGACUGUGGCGCCAUCUUUACACAGAAAGGAACAUGGGCUGAUUAUCCAUGUAUACAAAGGAAUGGGUAUAUCUGUAAAAAACAAGGAAGAGUACAUACGACAGUCCAACCAUCAACUACUAUACGGGUACCAGCUGGAAUGAUGCUGGGCUGUCCUAACUACUGGAAGCCCCAUGGAUCAAACUGCUACCAACUGGUCCGCAAAAACAUGACAUGGGACCAAGGUCGUACACUGUGUCGGUCAAGGGGAGGCUAUCUGGCUACAAUAUCCAGCCAAGCAGACCAGAACUAUAUUGUCAGUCAACUUCCAGUUAAUCGUACUGGGGGCUACUGGAUCGGUCUGAACGACAGAUUGGUACAGAAUAGCUUCCAGUGGUCAGAUGGUAGUAAAGUGACUUACACUGCCUGGGCACCCAGAGAGCCAAAUAACUUCUACGGUCAUAGAGAAGAUUGUGUUCAGUUAUACUUAAAGGGUGGUAAAUGGAACGAUGCUACAUGCGGUCAUCCUCAACAAGGUGUUAUCUGUAUGCGACCCAAACAAGUUGUGUCAAAAACCCAAAGUCCCCAAACUGUUGGAUGUACUUUACCUGCAGUAGGCUAUGUCGCCUCCUGCUAUUUCUAUGUUGCCGGCGCCAUGAAGACAUGGUCAGAUGCAAACAGGGAUUGUGCCCGUCGCUUUAACGGAACACUUGCCACCGUCAACGACAGGUAUACACAGGCCUUUGUCGCCAACUACUUGAAUCACAAAGGCGAUAUGUUCUGGAUUGGAAUGUCAGACGCUUCAACGCCAGGAACGUAUCUUUGGAAAGAUGGAACUGAAGUUGAAUUCACAUUCUGGGGAAGUGCACAUACAGGGAGGGAGAGGAGUACAUGCGUUGCCUUAACUACGUCACUACCGAUCGGUUUGUGGGAAAAUAAAAACUGUACCGAGAAACAUCACUACGUAUGUCAAUAUCCUAGACAAGGUUUCACCACGCCCCCACCGACCACAACACUACAACCAGUCCUGUGUCCUACAGGCUGGUCAGGCCAGUUCACAAACAGCUACAUGUGUUAUAAGGUGUUUUACAACGACAACGUCCUUGGUAAGAUGACAUGGACUGAGUCACGUGACUACUGUCGUGGUUUGGGAGGUGAUCUAGCCAGCAUACACAGACAGCAACAGAAUACCUAUAUAGGCACUCUACUCAGACUUAAGACUGGAUCGUUUUGGAUCGGUUUGAAUGAUCGAGACCAGGAAGCGGGUUAUGUUUGGAGUGAUGGUAAGGGGACGGACUUCACCAACUGGAAUCCUAACGAGCCAAACGAUUAUAAUGGUAACGAAGACUGUACACAGAUCUUUGCGGGUUCUUUGGGCUGGAACGAUAACAACUGCUACACCACAACUAACUGGAUCUGUGAAAUAAGACGAGGAAAAACACCUAUGACGACAGUUGCGGCCCCUACUGGUAUUACGUCCAGUCUGUGCGGAACUGACCCCGGAUGGUCUCUAUACAAUGGGUCGUGUUAUAUGUCCAGUCCUGCGUCCGGAGAUUCAGCACUCGUGGACUGGUAUGACGCCGGACAGUAUUGCAUUGGUAAAGGUGCCGCACUGGCCAGUAUUCACGCAUUAGACGAAAAUAACUACGUUCUUUCAUUGAUAUCGAAGGCAUCUCUGACCACUGUGUGGUUGGGGUACAAUGAACUUGGAUCUACCACAUACACGUGGUCGGAUGGUUCCCUGGUAGAUUUUGACUUCUGGGGUAACGGGGAACCUAACAACGCCUACGGAGCAGAGAUGUGUGUAUCCAUGUCAGUCUACGGAGGGACGUGGAAUGACGACAACUGUGGACAAGAAAAGGGAUUCAUCUGUAAAAAGAGUCUAACUGGGUCUGGGCCCGCCACUGCUCCAACUAUACAAGUUAUAAAUGGCGGCUGUAACAAUGGAUUUACUCCCAUGCCUCACAGUAACAAAUGCUACAAACUUGAUGGUACAACAACUCCGGUGAAUUGGCAGACGGCAUACCAAAAUUGUCAGAAGUAUGGUAUGGGGUAUGACAUCGCAUCAAUCAGCUCAGCUACGGAACAAGCAUUUGUGACUACAUUUUUGAAAGGCCUUACAAAUAAUGUAUGGAUUGGUUUAAACAAUAACCGACAUAACCGCAAGUUUAUCUGGCACGAUAACUCACAUGUCACAUACACCAACUGGGCCGUCAACGAACCUAACGGACACAGUGAAGCACAUCAUGGUGGUACGACGACAGCUACAACGAAAGCAACAGAGGACUGUGUGGAGAUAUAUACCUCGAAGAGCCAUAUCGGAAAGUGGAACGACAAGCGAUGUAGUACCACAAGAUCAUACCUUUGUCAGGCGUCGAGAGUGAACCACGUACCCUUACCGAACACCCAGCGUUCGUGUAGGAAUGGUUACAAGGCCUACGGGACUAGCUGUUAUAAGGUCGUCACAUCGUCACCAACAACCUGGACAAGCGCUAAGACGAUAUGUACAAACGACUUGGGGUCUCUCGUUAAUAUCAAUGAUAUAUAUGAGGAUUCAUUUGUUUAUUCUCUGGCCGGGAAUAUACCCUAUUGGAUUGGACUCACAGACACUAUACAGUCAUCUGACACUUACUCCUGGACGCAGAACUGGCCCGUCUACUACACCAACUGGGGAUCGGGCGAACCAACCCGGGGGACUGGGGAGGGAUGCGUUGCUGUAACGGGGGGAAUGUGGAAUGAUACCACCUGUACAACGUCCAUGGCUUACGUCUGUGAAAUCAACUCCGCUACACCACCUCCGGUAACCAAACCUCCAGCGGGUCACUGUUCAGAUCCGACAUAUUUCCGGAAUGGAGACUUCUGUUAUUUCAUAGAGGCAUUCCACACCGUAUCCUGGCCCGAGGCCAAGUACAACUGCCAGAGGCGUGGAAUGCAACUGACCAGUAUCCACUCUGCCGACGAGCAGAAGUACCUUUUCUUAACGGCCAGUAACAUGAAACCCCUUCCAAACGACACAGCGGCCGUAUCAGCAGGUCUGCAAAACGUUUGGAUUGGAAUGAAUAAGGGGCUAUCUGAUGGAUUCACCUGGACAGAUCAGACAGCCGUGAGUUUCGUAGCCUGGGCGGAUGGAGAACCAUCUGAUGCCAAGGGAAGUCAUAAUGAGGAAUGUGUUGAACUGUACCAGUCAAAUGGUCGCUGGAACGACAAUAACUGCUUCAACAGCAAGGGAUAUAUAUGUAAAGCACGUGCAAUUGUUCCAACGGCUGCAUUUGCACCUAGUGCGGCGCCAGUUACGCCAGCUCCAGUGACGCCAGCUCCAGUGACACCAGCUCCAGUAACACCAGGGCCUGUAACAUCGGGUCCUGUACACUUUACGCAAUUUAACCCACAGACCCCUGUUAACCCAAUCAAUCUUCGGAGUACUCCAUCAGGAAACCCUUCCAAAUCCCCGACCAAGCCGAGUAGGGUGACAUACAGACCGGUCCAUGGCGGACACUCACAGCAACAACGUUCAUCGUCUAAUACAGCUAACAAGGAUAUAUCGGGUGGUGCAGUAGCAGGAAUUAUCAUUGGAGUAAUGGUUGUCUUAGGAGGGGUUGCUGUUGCCGCCAUCUUUAUAAAACGACGCAACGGCGGCCCAAAGGGCUUGAACGAGGACCAAAAUCUAGGUUUCGAUAACGCUUUGUAUUCCAAAUCGGAACAGUCCGUACACAUAGACCCAACCAGAACGAAUGGAUUCUCUUCCGGUCUCCCAGGGGAGGAGGAGGACGCGUGAACAAUCGAUUUUAGCGUGACCAUAACGUCACAUAUUGUUAGACCUUCAGUUAUCCUGUCAAAAGUUUCGUUUCCUCUUCCAAUUUGAAUACACAUUUACAUUAUGGUUGUGUUAAUCGAUGACAAUGAUGACAUUUUACUAUACAAAGUCAAGCAGACAGGGCUUGCCUAGCAUUGGAACUGUGAGGAGAAUGACGUGGUAUUUUUGGAACAAAAUAUUUCACCCAAACCAAAACAUAUUUUCAGUCAUCUCUGUCGGAUGUGUCAGUGUGAUAGAUGUACACUCAGUAUGUGAGACACCAUCAUACAGACAAAGUGUUGAUAUUCUGUACUCAGUAUUUACAAACUGUACAUGACAAUCGAAUACAUUUUUUUUUAAUUUGUUUAACCAUACACUGUAAGAAACGAUAUUCGUGAUGGAAUAUCUCAUCAAAUAUUUCCCGGUAUGCAAGGAUCCGUCUUUGUGACUGAUGUGUGAGGCUGUCCGAUUUUGGCGUAUGGUCCUUCCCGAUGUAUAGCGUGUCCAUGUUGUGUCUUGUUAGAUAUGUAAAUUGUUUGUUUUAUUUAUACGAAAGUGUGGUUCUCAACGUCUCUCUUUGUUUAUGCCAUUCCCAAUAAUAUUCAUGACAAUAAAACUUGUUAAAACUUA